AUGGCGCGUCUGAUUGCUGGCAUCUGUCCAAGUGCUGUUAUAUAUGUGAUCAAAUUACGCACGUUCGCUGCGCAUAAUUCGGAAAAGCUGCAGAUUGACACCAAGAGUGCAAUCGAAGGGAUCAAACACGCUACGAAGCUGGGAGCCGAGAUUAUAUCCAUGUCCUGGACGGUGAAGCCGCCAGAGGAAGAGGAGACCGACUUCAGGACCGCGCUCCACGAAGCGCUCACGAGAGGAUCAUCCAUGUUCUGUGCGGCUUCUGACCAGGGCAACUUCGCCGACCGGACGUUCCCACACGCUGGCAACCGCGAUACCUUCCGGAUCGGCGGGGCGACGGCGAUGGGCAAAGCCUCGGACACGGUGGGCGACAGGAUGGGGCUGAGCUUCCUCUUCCCGGGCUACGAGGUGGUGGUCGACCACUGGGACGAGGAUAAGGGCAGCGGCGGGCCGUUUGACAAAUUCGACGCGCACUCUGGCUCCUCCGUGGCCACGGCCUUGGCGGCUGGGCUCGCCGCGCUCAUCGUCGAGUGCGUGCGCCUGGGCAUGGUGCACACGAACGAGAGCCCAGAGAAGCAGAAUGACCCGAAUAUCGCCAUCACGCUUGGCGACCUGGCCCGGAUCCGGAAGCCCCAGGCCAUGAAGGAGGCAAUGCUGUCCAUCGGCAUUGACAUGAACACGGGAAAUCAGUACCUGGAGGUCUGGCGACUGUUCGAGGCUAAGACCGCCAAGCUUACUGAAUAUGGGCGCGUAGCGGAUACUAAGGGACAGAUGGAGGUAAUCGCGGGCCUAGCGCGUCAUUUUCUAAGGAAGUGA